UUAAAAUCCUAUAGAUGUGAUGAAGAGGCUGUUGCUAAAGCACAAGCACAAAAAACACUUCGUGAAAUUGAAAGCCAAUUGUCUGAAGUUCAAGAGGAUUUAGAAGCUGAAAGAUUAGCUCGUGCCAAAGCAGAAAAACAAAAGAGAGAUUUACAUGAGGAAUUAGAAGCCUUGAAGACUGAAUUAUUAGAUUCUCUUGAUUCAACAGCAGCCCAACAAGAAUUAAGAUCCAAAAGAGAAAAAGAAAUAGCGUUAUUAAAGAAGUCGUUGGAAGAUGAAGCAGCUCUUCAUGAAGCACAAAUUGUUGAUUAUCGUCAAAAACACAAUCAAGCUAUUGAACAGUUGAAUGAACAAUUAGAUUCUGUUAAAAAGGCAAGAGCUGCACUUGAAAAAGCUAAAAGCAAUCUUGAGACAGAAAAUUUUGAAAUGGCAAAUGAAAUAAAUACACUUACAGCAUCCAGGCAAGAUUCUGAACGCAAAAGAAAACAACUUGAAUCUCAAGUCCAGGAAUUAAGUAUUAAAUUAGCAGAUGCAGAACGUAAUAAAUCUGAAUCUGCUGAAAGAAUUCAGAAAUUACAGGCUGAAUUAGAAGCUGUAAGUGCACAACUUGAAAUGCUGGACACAAAAGCAACUCAAGCAGCCAAAAGCACAAGUGCCUUGGAAUCUCAACUAGCAGAAACUCAAGUAAGGAAAUUUUUUUAAUAUAAAUUAUUUUAA